AAGGGAGGACCGAAAUGAAAAGCGAAGAAAGGAGUGAAAUUUGUGGGGCUGUGUGUCCAUGGAAGUGCUAGCAAGCUCCUCUGCAUCUUCUACAUACCCUCUUUUCACUUUAGAUAACCCCAACAAACCAUUUUCUUUCACAUUCAACCCCAUCAUCAUUUCUCAGGUUCAUCCAUGGAAAUCUUUUCCUGGUAAGAAGAUUGAAGCUCGAUUAUUGUGUCGGAUUUUGUGUAAACGGACGAAUCUCGAACACUCUGGAAGUUGGCGCAGCAGUACUAAUGCGAUUUGCAAGCACAAGUUUGUGUUUCACGCACUCUGCAGACUGGAUAAAAACUUUACAUCUCAGUCUGGUUUAUUUGCAAUAAGGCAUGGGCACCUACUUAGAUCCUGGAAUACAAGUAGUCAUCAAAAGGUGAUUAGUCAUUCGCAAAAGAUCAGAGAACAUUUCUCGGUUGUUUUCGUUCGCUUAGUUGCUGCUAUGUUGCUGGUUACUUCUGCUUCCGUUGCUCUAAGCAACACGCGCUCAUGGGCGCUUUCUGAAGAAAAUCUCCUCUUUCUAGAGGCAUGGAGAACGAUAGACCGUGCAUAUAUUGACAAAACUUUCAAUGGACAAAGUUGGUUUCGUUACAGAGAAGAUGCACUUCGAAAUGAACCGAUGAACAAUAGAGAAGAGACAUACAUGGCUAUAAGAAAGAUGCUCGCAACACUGAAUGAUCCUUUCACUAGGUUUCUAGAGCCCGAGAAGUUCAAGAGUUUGCGGUCGGGUACUCAAGGGGCUCUUACAGGUGUAGGGCUAUCGAUUGGUUACCCAACAGAAUCUGAAGGAUCACGAACUGGGCUCGUUGUUAUUUCAGCUACUCCCGGAGGCCCCGCAAAUCAGGCCGGCAUUUCAUCUGGCGAUAUUAUCUUGGAAAUAGAUAAUGCAAGCACGGAAAGCGUGGGCAUCUAUGAGGCAGCAGAGAGAUUGCAGGGACCAGAAGGAAGUUCCGUGGAAUUAACAGUUCAAACUGGACCUGAAAUAAAGCACUUAACUCUCACGCGAGCAAAGAUUUCACUAAAUCCUGUAAAAUCAAGGCUAUGCGAAGUUCCUGGUUCGGAAAAGAACUACCCGAAAAUCGGUUAUAUUAAGCUAACAUCAUUCAACCAAAAGGCUUCCGCUGCUGUCAAGGAAGCGAUCGAUACUUUAAGGAGUAAUAACGUUAAUGCCUUUGUGUUGGACCUUCGUGAUAAUAGCGGUGGGCUUUUCCCUGAAGGAAUCGAAACCGCCAAGAUCUGGUUAGACAAAGGCGUGAUUGUGUAUAUUUGUGAUAAUCGUGGUGUUCGAGAUAUAUACGACACGGAUGGAAGCUCAGCAAUAGCAGCUUCAGAACCCCUAGCUGUACUGGUGAACAAGGGUACUGCAAGUGCAAGUGAAAUUUUAGCUGGUGCAUUGAAAGAUAAUAAGCGUGCAGUAUUGUUCGGAGAACCGACAUACGGGAAAGGCAAGAUCCAAUCGGUUUUUCAGCUAUCUGAUGGCUCUGGAUUGGCUGUUACCGUAGCUCGUUACGAGACACCUGGACACAAUGAUAUCAACAAGGUUGGUGUGAUCCCGGACCAUCCUCUACCAAACUCAUUUCCGAAGGAUGAUGACGGUUUUUGUGGCUGCCUUCAAGACCCUGCAUCUGCUUGCUAUGUUAAUAAUGUUCAGCUAUUUAAAAGAUAACAAAUGCUUUCUGGGGAAGAUCAUUCUCUGUGCAUUAUUUAAACAUUCUUUGAAGGUUUAAUUUAGUACAAUUACUUUCGUUCUCGACUAUGUUACAUAUGCUGGUCACCGGAUAAGGGAAAAAGAUCAUCCGUGCCAAGAUUUGAAUCCGUACUUGUUACCGUGUCAUCUUUUAAGGAUCGUUGUAUAAUCAACUGAUUGAACCGAGUUUUCAGGUUUGUAUAAAUGUUUUACAUUGUCUUGGUAUUAGAAAGACAUUCAAUUGGUUGUGAUUUGUA